AUGUCCAACGCUCCUUUCGUCCCUGCGUUCUCCCGGUCCGACAUCCAGCUGCUGGUCGGCGGAUACAGCAAGGUGGGCUUUCGUCAAUGGGGGCAGAUUGACGUUUUCUCUCGUGUUCUGGGGCUGGGCCCCAUGUACGACAAGUCGAUUGCUGUGGUGGCGUGGUAUCUCUCCGAGCUCGAGGGGCACGUGGCCUGCGUCGUUGACCCUUUCUCUGACACGCCUUGGUACCUGCGCAUAGUCCUGAUGCGGGACUUCGUCUUCCUCGGUCUGCACUGGGCUGGUUCCGACUCGCCUGCUUCCCUUGGCGACUACGACCGCUUCCUGGUGGAUGCCCUCUGUAAUCGUCCCCUCGUCACAGGGGCGAUGGCAUGCCAUCCACUCACCAACCAGGCGUGGUGCGACCUCCUUUGCGAGCUGGCCACACUUCUAGGCAGUAAGGUUGGUAACAUCUGCUAUGUUCCGCCUAGCGUGCCAAUCAUCCCCGCCGCCGCCGAGCCGAUGCCUGCUGCUGCUGCCACCGUUCCUGCCGCUCAUGUUCCUGCUUUCAACCCUGCGCUUCCUUCCCUCCCUGCGCUUCCUGUCCUCCCUCCCCUCCUCGCUGCCGUCCCUGACGUCCCUGCCGUCCCUGUCGCAAUGGCCUCGUCAAGCGUCGCGCCAGCCAUCUGCACAGGUGACGUGCAGAUGGAGGGUGAAAGGGAGGGAACUCCGUUCCCUACCGCGGCUCAAGUUAGGGAAGCCGCCUUGCCCCAAAUUGUCACUAGGGACGGCCGGGUGAUCACCCCACAGUGGUCAGCAACUUUCCCGCCGCCACCGUCCCGGAGGUAG